AAACAAAAGGGAGAAACGCCGGAGAAUGGCGGCCCGCGGAGGGGGUGGGGGAGUCCUGCUGGUCUGGAGCCUGACCGCCCUGUACUUGGGGGGUAUCCGGGGGAGCGAGGCCACAGGGGACCAGGACAAGGCUGAGGCCUGGCUCCGCCUCUAUGGCUAUCUCCCUCAGACCAGCCGUCAGAUGUCCACCCUGCGCUCUGCACAGAUUCUUUCCUCCGCUGUCACACAGAUGCAGCAGUUUUAUGGGAUUCCAGUCACAGGGGAACUAGACAAAGCCACAACAGAGUGGAUGCAGAGGCCACGCUGUGGUGUCCCAGAUCAAUACGGCAGUAAAACCAAAUCGAACAUGCGUCGGAAACGGUACGCUCACACAGGGCGCAAGUGGAGCCAACAGCAGCUGACGUACAGCAUCCAGAAUUACUCGGACAAGCUGGGAGUGUACAACUCUGUGGACUCGAUACGGAAGGCCUUCGCUGUGUGGUCCAGUGCUACCCCCCUAUCCUUCAGGGAAAUUCCCUUUGAGUCCCUGCGACAGAACCAGGCCAAUGCUGACAUUAUCAUCCUUUUUGCUUCUGGCUUCCAUGGCGACAGCUCCCCCUUUGAUGGCCCUGGUGGCUUCCUGGCACACGCCUACUUUCCAGGUCCAGGGAUGGGCGGUGACGCCCAUUUUGACUCUGAAGAACCAUGGACAGUGAACAAUGCAGACGUAAUGGGGAACCACCUUUUCCUGGUGGCCGUUCAUGAGCUCGGACACUCGCUGGGCCUGGAGCACUCCAAUAACCCUAGUGCCAUCAUGGCUCCCUUCUACCAGUGGAUGGACACUGAAAACUUCCAGCUGCCCGAUGACGACAGACGAGGAAUUCAGCAGCUCUAUGGGAGUGCCGACGAUGAGGUGGCCAGCACCUUUUCUCCCGUCACCACCCCAAGGAACCCCGACCAGAAGCCACCAAAACCGCCUCCAAGGGGCCGACCAGAUAGACCAGGAACCCCGUCCCCCCCAGAGCGAUAUGGACCCGACAUCUGCCAGGGCAACUUCGAUUCGGUGACGGUCCUGCGCGGAGAGAUGUUUGUGUUCAAGGGCACCUGGUUCUGGAGGGUACGACACAACCGCGUCUUGGAUAACUACCCCAUGCCAAUCGGGCACUUCUGGAGGGGACUGCCGGGUAACAUCAGCGCUGCCUAUGAGAGACACGAUGGAAAAUUUGUUUUCUUUAAAGGUGACAAAUUUUGGGUAUUCCGGGAGGCCCAUCUGGAGAGCGGAUACCCCCAGCCUCUAACUAGCUUAGGAUAUGGGAUUCCCUAUGACAGGAUCGACACAGCGAUUUGGUGGGAACCAACCGGACACACCUACUUCUUUCGUGGCGACAGCUACUGGCGCUUCAAUGAGGACAGCCGCUCGGUUGAUCCAGGUUACCCCAAAUCCAAUAAAGUUUGGGCCGGUAUCCCAGACACUCCGAAGGGCGCCUUCCUGAGCUCCGAUACAUCAUACACCUACUUCUAUAAAGGAGCAAAAUACUGGAAGUUUGACAAUCAGCGUCUGAAGACCGAGACGGGGUACCCCAAGUCUAUCCUGCGAGACUUCAUGGGGUGUCAGGAGGAAGUGCACAAGGACCCGGAAACUGCCCCCCGGUGGCCAGACCUGGACCGACCUCCAUUUAACCCGGAUGGUGAACCAGAUGAGGUUGAUGAGGACAAGGAGCCGGGGGGCAGGGAGGACACUGGACGAGACGUGGAUGUCGUUGUCCACAUUGACGAGUACACUCGUGCGGUCAGCGUCGCCAUGGUAAUUGUGCCGUUACUACUGCUGCUGUGCGUCCUGGGACUUAUCUAUGUUAUUGUUCAGAUGCACAGGAAGGGCCCCCCCAGGGCAUUACGAUACUGUAAGCGUUCCCUCCAGCAAUGGGUAUGACCCUCCCCCACUAACUUCUUCUUUAUUUUCCUUUAACAAACUGUUUUUUGUGGUGCUAACCCAGGGAAUUGUGGGAGCGGAGCGCACCCCCCCCCCCCCUCCACUCCGAGGGAAGAUAUGAAGGAAUAUUUGCAUCCUCUGACACAUAACAAUGCCAAAACCUCUGACCUGCUUGUGCCCCAUGUGGAGGCUGCGCCCCCUGCUGGCCGCUGUGAAUGCUGUAGGGCCCGUGGACGCCACCUUGUGGCAGCUCUGUGAAUUGCACUUGAUGGUGGAAGGUACACGAAUUGCACUCUCUACCCCGAUUCUGCAUCCUGAGCACUGUGAGGACAGAAAGAGAAUGUUCCUAGAAAUCCUGCAUUUUGCACUGAAAAAAAACCCCUUGAAGUGGCGCCUGGACAGACACCAGAAACACGAUAACCUCAGCCACUAGGUCCCUGGGGAAUAGAAUAGAGUCCAUUUUAAACCCCCAGCCCUCCAUGGUCAGUCCUGUGUCCUUGGGGGAUAAAGUGGCGUCCCGUGGCCCCCCCCCCCCCCCUUCACCACCACCACCGAACCUUCUGAGGUCACUGCUGGGCAUGUGACGCAUGUUGAGCCAUCCAUGCUCAGUCCUGGAUCACUGCAGAAUAGAAAGAGGCUGUUUUACCCUUGUUAAGUCCACUGAAAGCAGUGCUUGGUCACACGUGAAUAGAAUAGGAUCCUGUAACCCCCACUGAGCCCAUCAAGGUCAGUGCUGGGCAUGUAAACCCUGCUGAGCCAUCCAUGGUCAGUUAUGGAUUACUGGGAAAUAGAAUGGGGUCCUGUGACCUCCCCACUGAGCCAUCCAAGGGACAAGGCUGGGGAAUUGAAUGUGGGCCUGGGGCUUCCGCUGGGUCACUUGGUGAUAGAGUAGGGUCCUGUGCCCCAGCUGAGUCCUAAGAGGUUAUAGCUGGAUCUCAGAGGAAUAUAAAGGAAUCCAGGGCAUUUUGAGCCCUCUGAGGUUGGUGUCAGGUCACCGGGGGGAAGCAUAUUCCCAGUGCUGGCAAUAUGACCACUGCUGAGCCCUCUGAGGUUAGUACCAGAUCACUAGGGAUUAUAAUUGGGGUCUUGUGAUCUCUACAGAGUCCUCCAAGGUCAGUGGCAGGUCCUUGGUGAAUGAAAUGGGGUCUUGUGGACCCCCCCCCUACUUAGCCCUCGUAGGUCAGUGCUGGUCACAUGACCUCUGCUGAGUCCUCCAAGACCAGGACUUGGUCUCUGGUGGAUAGAUUGUGGUCCUGUGACCCCUGCUUAGCCCUUUGAGUCCAGUGCUGGGGACAAGUCCUCUGCUAAGUACUUUGAGGCCAGGGCUGGGUCCCCAGGGGAUAGAAUGUGGUCCUAGGACACCUGCGAAGUGCUCACAGGCCAGGGCUGGGUCCCCAGGGGAUAGAAUGUGGUCCUAGGACACCUGCGAAGUGCUCAGAGGCCAGGGCUGGGUCCCCAGGGGAUAGAAUGUGGUCCUAGGACACCUGCGAAGUGCUCACAGGCCAGGGCUGGGUCCCCAGGGGAUAGAAUGUGGUCCUAGGACACCUGCGAAGUGCUCACAGGCCAGGGCUGGGUCCCCAGGGGAUAGAAUGUGGUCCUAGGACACCUGCGAAGUGCUCAGAGGCCAGGGCUGGGUCCCCAGGGGAUAGAAUGUGGUCCUAGGACACCUGCGAAGUGCUCACAGGCCAGGGCUGGGUCCCCAGGGGAUAGAAUGUGGUCCUAGGACACCUGUGAAGUGCUCACAGGCCAGGGCUGGGUCCCCAGGGGAUAGAAUGUGGUCCUAGGACACCUGCAAAGUGCUCACAGGCCAGGCCAGGGCUGGGUCCCCAGGGGAUAGAAUGUGGUCCUAGGACACCUGCAAAGUGCUCACAGGCCAGGGCUGGGUUCCUGAGGGAUUGAAUGUGGUCCUGUGACCCCCCAGCUUAGCCCUCCAAGGUCAAUGCUUGGCAUAUGACCACACUGAGACCAGGGCCGCGUCACCAGGGGAUAGAAUGUUGUUCUGUGCCCCUCGCUUAGUCAGUGCUAGGCAUGUGACCCCCCCCCCCCAGCUGAGUCCUCC